GUCCCCACUUACAGUCCAUGGAAAAAUUAUCUUCCAUGAAACUGGUCCCUGGUGCCAAAAAGGUUAGGGACUGUUGAAAUAGACCAUUUGGCAAAGGGGUGGAGACUGAUUUAAGGGGACCACGCAAUAUAGUGGAGAAGGGUUUGGAGACUGUUCCAGUGGUUCUGGUGAGAGAUACUUACCUUAGUUAGGAAAUGGUAUACACAGGGAGUGGGGCAUAGUGGCCAGGAUAGAUUUAGGAAGUAAAGUCAGCAGAACUUAGUGGUUGCUUGUAAGGGAUGAAGAUGAAGAAGAGUCAAGUAUAUUUUUAACUUACAAUAAGAAAUACACUUAUAUCACAACCUGGUACACAUGCUACCAACACACAUAACUAACUGAUCAUAGAAUACGUUGCUGAAACAAGAAUGUUUUAUCUUUCUGUGGCAUACUCUGAUAUUUUCUCUUCCAUUCUAUUUCAAUUUCUGUAAAAUGCUAGCAUUGACUCACUGCAUUGUUUCCACUAAUGGGUCAAGACCCACGGUCCGAAAGUCACCCACACAGGCAUCUCUCAGGUUAUCCUGCAAUGGACAGGAUAUUUCUUCCUCCUUGGGUUUCUUUGUGGUCCAGUGUAUCCAGAUGCCUUUCACUCAGUGGUGGGGAGAGAGGAGGAGGGCAGUAAGAAGUACUGUUUUUAAGGUUAGUGCACUAUAGAAACAUUUGAGGCAAAGUUGUGCUGACCACUUAGUAAGCCAACUGAUGGCCACGUCAUGGAACAGUUAAAGAGCUGCCCACAAGAAUAUGUCAUGGUGCCUCUGCCAAGAGGAUGGUUAGUUGUGCUGCAGAUGUCAUUUAUGUGGAUUUUUUUGGAGGGAGGGGAGAGGGCUAUCAUGUUUUUCUACUCCCUUUGCUGCCAGAGUACCUGUUCUCAUUAGAAAACAGAGUUGGUAGAGUUUUGGGUGCUGGAAGGGCCUCAGAGGUCAUGAGUCCACAGCUCCCUUAUCCAAAACUAGUGACUCCUUGGUGUUGCCUAUGGUCAUGGGUCACUGCCAACUCCUUGUGACUCAUUUGGAUCACUCUUUAUAAUGUUGCAGUGGGAAGCCCCCUGCAGCUGUGGUGUUUGCUUCUGGGACUCUGUGUUGCGUCCAUGUUGAAAACCAUUGUUGGUUUUCUCUGAUCAAAUAACUGAGGUUGUUAAGCUCUAAAACAGGCGAUAAUACUCAGUUUGAUUGUUUCAUGAGGAUUAAAUGAGAUGACAUGUAGAAAGUACAGUGUCUGAGGCACAGGAAACAUUUAAAAUAAAUGGCUACUGUUAUUUUCUUCCUGUAACUAAAAUAUUAUGGACAUUGGCCUACUUUGCUCAUUUUAAUUUGCACUAGGAAAGAUGUGGAGCCUUUCUCACUUUCAUAUAUAGAAUGAGCUAAAAUUAAAGUUCUUCUGUUGAUGUGUGCUGAAAUUUUUAACAGAGUAUAGAAAUUUCCAUGGUAAAUCAAAUGCAUUUGAAUUCAAGAAGAAGGAUACUAAAAUACAUCCAAGUUGAGAUGGUUCCAUAGGUAGCUUCUUAAGGGCCUCCGUUUUGAAUUUGCUUAGGGUGAACAAAGCAGUUCAGCAGUGCUGGCUUUAUGCACGUGAAUGACAUAUAAUUAUAUAUAAUAUUGAACAUUGUAAUUUAUUUUUGCUAUAGUCCUUUGCGUCAUAGGUCUGCAGUGCAUGUCAAAUGACUAAACUUAAAAAUUUAAACAGAUUUAUUUGAAUGAUGGAAAUGUCAUGACUAAGGGAUUCAUUUCUUUUGACUAGUGCAAGUUAGAGUUUAGCUCAUAUCUUAAGUAGAAGUCUAUGGAAAUAGGUAACAAAGGACACCUUCGUUGGAAGAAUUUUAUUGGGACCAGUUUUUAUGUUCUCUUUAAGUCAAAUGUGGAAAACAAGAUGAAGGAAUGUUAUUUUCCUUUGGAAGGACAUGGCAAAAAGCUCCUUAAGAGAAGUCGUGAUGGCUUUCUUUAUACCAGUGUGUGGUAAGUAUAAGUUUAUAAGGAAAUUAACACCAAAAGCCUGUCCCUUCUGUUUGCAUUCCAUGGGGAGGAUAGAGGCUUACACUGAGGGGAGAAGGGAGAAAAGAUUGUUGAAACUCUUUGAUUCAUGGGUUGAUUGGGUACCAUCAGCUUUUUGAUAGUUUUUCUUUGUUUUGUAAACACAAUACUGUAUUCUUAGGGAAGUUAAUUGAAGCAAAACCACAUAAUAUUUAGCUCUUAAAUUUGCAUUUUAGAAAAGGGAAAGAAGUAGAACCGCACUUACUUGACCCAUUUGAAAGAAAGGAUAAGGGUGUGUUUUAUUUCAGUGAGUGCAAUGAUUAUGCAAUUACGAAUAUUUAGGUAUGAAUUUUGUGCUGUGAUUUGAGUAAGAAUAGUACAGCUUUUAUUAAUGUUAGGCUUUGAAAGGGGAGAUCUGUUAAAUGAUGGAGCACAUUAGAAAUCAGGUAUUGGGGAUACAUGUGUUAAUAUGAACAUUUACAUUACAAGUGAAAUAUCUCAACAGGCUUUGUUAGAGAGAUGAUGCUGUUGAUUAGCUUUAUUCCUUGAAAUUCUAUACAUUUAAACAGCUUGGUACUUGUUUUGCAUCUGUUAAGCAGUGUGCCUACACAUUUGGUCUGACUACAGCAUUCUUGUUUCAUAAUGAAAUGUAUAUUAACUAUGCAGGCCCUUCAUAGAGCAGUGUUUUAAUCAUUCUCUAUUGAUUUAUACAUCACAUCAAUUGCUGCAUAUUGAGGGCCUCUUAUUCUAAGUCUGCUUUACUGGGAUUCUCUUUCUGUCUACCUGACUUGCAUAAUGUUCUGGGACCCUCUUAAUUUUUUCCCACUCUAUGGGCAGCCAUCGUGAUUAGGAAGGGACAAAAGGUUAGACAUAUUGUUGCUUUCUCUCAGCUUUCUGAGGGGCAUAGGAGAAAUAAUGGGCUUAGAGACAUAUUGUCAUUGUCCGUAACUGAUAAUAGGUAUCAGAACUUAUUUAAAAUUAAUAAAUGCUGAGUUUCGAGCUUUGGCAUGAGCCUGAAUGAUUUAUUGCAGGCCGCGGACAACAAGAGAAUGUUUUGCGUUUACCAAAGCGGUGGGGUAAUGACGAGAGGACUGUCAGGGAGCAGCCUAGUGAACAGUGGUUGUUCUUUGAACCCAGGAUUGUUGCUACAAGCUGGCCAAUAUGAACGGAAAUAUUUUAUUUUUUUUAAUUUUGUCUUAAUGUUAAUUUGAGAAAGAGGAAGUAUAGAUCUGGUUGAUGUGGAUGAAGGAUGCCUACAUGGGCUUGAAUAAAUAAAUCGAAUCCUCUGACCUCUGUCUGCAACUUAGAAUCUCAUUUGGAUUGAAAGACUAGAGCUAGAUUUUACACAUGAAGAAAACUCUGCUCACUUCAUUAUUAUUCAUGGUGAAAUCCCCAAAUCUCCUCCCUGAAGUGAUGUAUUCUUCCCAGCAAAUUAAAACAUCCUCUUUUUUUUUAGAGGCCAAAUGAUGAUGGUGUCAACUAUUGAUGAAGAUGAAUAGCUUGACCACAUAUUAUCCCCUCCACCCAUGCCGUUUCGGAAAUGCAGCAACCCAGAUGUGGCUUCUGGCCCUGGAAAAUCACUGAAGUAUAACAGACAGCUGAGUGAGGAUGGAAGACAGCUAAGGCGAGGGAGCCUGGGAGGAGCCCUGACUGGGAGGUACCUCCUUCCAAACCCGGUGGCGGGACAGGCCUGGCCGGCCUCUGCAGAGACGUCCAACCUCGUGCGCAUGCGCAGCCAGGCCCUGGGCCAGUCUGCGCCCUCGCUCACCGCCAGCCUGGAAGGGCAGCCUCCGAAGAGCCAUUUCAACUCAGCCCGGCAUCGCCAGAGACUAGUGGACCCAGCUGCUUCAAAAAAGGAGCUGAGUCUCCCCAGAAGAGGAAGUCUUUGCCGAACAAGUAACCGGAAAAGCUUGAUAGGCAAUGGGCAGUCACCAGCAUUGCCUCGACCACACUCACCUCUCUCUGCUCAUGCAGGAAAUAGCCCCCAAGAUAGUCCAAGAAAUUUCUCCCCCAGUGCCUCAGCCCAUUUUUCAUUUGCACGGAGAAAUGACAGGACUGAUGGACGCCGCUGGUCAUUGGCUUCUCUCCCUUCCUCUGGCUAUGGGACAAACACACCCAGCUCUACGGUCUCUUCAUCCUGUUCCUCCCAGGAGAAGCUGCAUCAGUUACCAUACCAACCAACGCCAGAUGAGUUACACUUCUUAUCGAAACAUUUCUGUACCACCGAAAGCAUUGCCACUGAGAACAGAUGCAGGAACACGCCGAUGCGCCCCCGUUCCCGAAGUCUGAGCCCUGGACGUUCUCCCGCCUGCUGUGACCAUGAAAUAAUUAUGAUGAACCAUGUCUACAAAGAAAGGUUCCCAAAGGCUACUGCUCAGAUGGAAGAACGUCUAAAGGAAAUUAUCACCAGCUACUCUCCUGACAAUGUUCUACCCCUAGCAGAUGGAGUGCUUAGUUUCACUCACCACCAGAUUAUUGAACUGGCUCGAGAUUGCUUGGAUAAAUCCCACCAGGGCCUCAUCACCUCACGAUACUUCCUUGAAUUACAGCACAAAUUAGAUAAGUUACUACAGGAGGCUCAUGAUCGUUCAGAAAGUGGAGAGUUGGCAUUUAUUAAACAACUAGUUCGAAAGAUCCUAAUUGUUAUUGCCCGCCCUGCUCGGUUAUUAGAAUGCCUGGAGUUUGAUCCAGAAGAAUUUUACUACCUAUUGGAAGCAGCAGAAGGCCAUGCCAAAGAAGGACAGGGUAUUAAAACUGACAUUCCCAGGUACAUCAUUAGCCAACUAGGACUCAAUAAGGAUCCCUUGGAAGAAAUGGCUCAGUUGGGAAACUACGAUAGUGGGACAGCAGAAACACCAGAAACAGAUGAAUCAGUGAGUAGCUCUAAUGCCUCCCUGAAACUUCGAAGAAAACCUCGGGAAAGUGAUUUUGAAACGAUUAAAUUGAUUAGCAAUGGAGCCUAUGGGGCAGUCUACUUUGUUCGGCAUAAAGAAUCCCGGCAGAGGUUUGCCAUGAAGAAGAUUAAUAAACAGAACCUCAUCCUUCGAAACCAGAUCCAGCAGGCCUUUGUGGAACGAGAUAUCCUGACUUUCGCAGAAAACCCCUUUGUUGUCAGCAUGUAUUGCUCCUUUGAAACAAGGCGCCACCUUUGCAUGGUCAUGGAGUAUGUGGAAGGGGGAGACUGUGCUACUUUAAUGAAAAACAUGGGUCCUCUCCCUGUUGAUAUGGCCAGAAUGUACUUUGCUGAGACAGUCUUGGCCUUGGAAUAUUUACAUAAUUAUGGAAUCGUACACAGGGAUUUGAAACCAGACAACUUGUUGGUUACCUCCAUGGGGCACAUAAAGCUGACAGAUUUUGGAUUAUCUAAGGUGGGACUAAUGAGCAUGACUACCAAUCUUUAUGAGGGUCAUAUUGAGAAGGAUGCUCGAGAGUUCCUGGAUAAACAGGUCUGUGGCACACCUGAAUACAUUGCACCAGAAGUGAUUCUGAGGCAGGGUUAUGGAAAGCCGGUGGACUGGUGGGCCAUGGGGAUUAUUCUCUAUGAAUUUCUGGUUGGAUGCGUGCCGUUCUUUGGGGAUACUCCAGAAGAGCUGUUUGGACAAGUCAUCAGUGAUGAGAUCAACUGGCCUGAGAAGGAUGAGGCACCCCCACCUGAUGCCCAGGAUCUGAUUACCUUACUCCUCAGGCAGAAUCCCCUGGAGAGGCUGGGAACAGGUGGUGCCUAUGAGGUGAAACAGCAUCGGUUCUUCCGUUCUUUAGACUGGAACAGUUUGCUGAGACAGAAGGCAGAAUUUAUUCCCCAACUGGAAUCUGAGGAUGACACAAGUUAUUUUGAUACUCGGUCUGAGAAGUAUCAUCAUAUGGAAACGGAGGAAGAAGAUGACACAAAUGAUGAAGACUUUAAUGUGGAAAUAAGGCAGUUCUCUUCAUGUUCACAUAGGUUUUCAAAAGUUUUCAGCAGUAUAGAUCGAAUCACUCAGAAUUCAGCAGAAGAGAAGGAAGACUCUGGGGACAAAACCAAAAGCACAACCUUGCCAUCCACAGAAACACUGAGCUGGAGUUCAGAAUAUUCUGAAAUGCAACAGCUAUCAACAUCCAACUCUUCAGAUACUGAAAGCAACAGACAUAAACUCAGUUCUGGCCUACUUCCCAAACUGGCUAUUUCAACAGAGGGAGAACAAGAUGAAGCUGCCUCCUGCCCUGGAGACCCCCAUGAGGAGCCAGGAAAGCCAGCCCUUCCUCCUGAAGAGUGUGCCCAGGAGGAGCCUGAGGUCACCACCCCAGCCAGCACCAUCAGCAGCUCUACCCUGUCCGUUGGCAGUUUUUCAGAGCACUUGGAUCAGAUAAAUGGACGAAGCGAGUGUGUGGACAGUACAGAUAAUUCUUCAAAGCCAUCCAGUGAACCCACUUCUCACAUGGCUCGGCAGCGAUUAGAAAGCACAGAAAAAAAGAAAAUCUCGGGGAAAGUCACAAAGUCCCUCUCUGCCAGUGCUCUGUCCCUCAUGAUCCCAGGAGAUAUGUUUGCUGUUUCCCCUCUGGGAAGUCCAAUGUCUCCCCAUUCCCUGUCCUCGGACCCUUCUUCUUCACGAGAUUCCUCUCCAAGCCGAGAUUCCUCAGCAGCUUCUGCCAGUCCACAUCAGCCGAUUGUGAUCCAUAGUUCAGGGAAGAACUACGGCUUUACCAUCCGAGCCAUCCGGGUGUAUGUGGGAGACAGUGACAUCUAUACAGUGCACCAUAUCGUUUGGAACGUAGAAGAAGGAAGUCCAGCAUGCCAGUUAGGACUGAAGGCUGGAGAUCUUAUCACACACAUCAAUGGAGAACCGGUGCAUGGACUUGUCCACACAGAAGUUAUAGAGCUCCUACUGAAGAGUGGGAAUAAGGUGUCAAUCACUACUACCCCAUUUGAAAACACAUCAAUCAAAACUGGACCAGCCAGGAGAAACAGCUAUAAGAGCCGGAUGGUUAGGCGGAGCAAGAAAUCCAAGAAGAAAGAAAGCCUCGAAAGGAGGAGAUCUCUUUUCAAAAAGCUAGCCAAGCAGCCUUCUCCUUUACUCCACACCAGCCGAAGUUUCUCCUGCUUGAACAGGUCCCUGUCGUCGGGUGAGAGCCUCCCAGGUUCCCCCACUCAUAGCUUGUCUCCCCGGUCUCCAACGCCAAGCUACCGCUCCACCCCCGACUUCCCAUCUGGUACUAAUUCCUCCCAGAGCAGCUCCCCGAGUUCUAGUGCCCCCAAUUCCCCAGCAGGGUCUGGGCAUAUCCGGCCUAGCACCCUCCACGGUCUGGCACCCAAACUCAGCGGGCAGCGGUACCGGUCUGGGAGGCGAAAGUCGGCCGGCAACAUCCCGCUGUCCCCACUGGCCCGGACGCCUUCUCCAACCCCGCAACCCACCUCCCCACAGCGGUCACCGUCCCCUCUUCUGGGACACUCACUGGGCAAUUCCAAGAUCGCCCAAGCCUUUCCCAGCAAGAUGCACUCCCCGCCCACCAUCGUCAGACACAUCGUGAGACCCAAGAGCGCAGAGCCCCCCAGGUCCCCACUGCUCAAGCGUGUGCAGUCCGAGGAGAAGCUGUCGCCCUCCUACAGCAGUGACAAGAAGCACCUGUGCUCCCGCAAGCACAGCCUGGAGGUGACCCAGGAGGAGGUGCAGCGGGAGCAGUCCCAGCGCGAGGCGCCACUGCAGAGCCUGGACGAGAACGUGUGCGAUGCGCCGCCGCUCAGCCGCGCCAGGCCAGUGGAGCAAGGCUGCCUGAAACGCCCAGUCUCCCGGAAGCUGGGCCGCCAGGAGUCGGUGGAUGACCUGGACCGCGACAAGCUGAAGGCCAAGGUGGUGGUGAAGAAGCCAGACGGCUUCCCAGAGAAACCGGAAUCCCACCAGAAAUCCCACGGACCUGGGAGUGAUUUGGAAAACCUGGCUCUGUUUAAGCUGGAAGAAAGAGAGAAGAAAAUCUAUCCGAAGGCUGUGGAAAGGUCAAGUCCUUUUGAAAACAAAGCGGCCCUGCAGGAAACGCCGCCGCUGGGCAGCCUGCUGAAGGACACUCUUCACAAGCAGGCCAGCGUGCGCACCAGCGAGGGUGCCACCUCUGAUGGCCCGGCUUCUGUGGAGCACGGCCAUGGUGGCGGGGACUUCAGACGGGCCCCUGCUCCUGGCACCCUCCAGGAUGGUCUCUGCCACUCCCUCGACAGGGGCGUCACUGGGAAGGGGGAAGGCACAGAGAAGGCCUCCCAGGCCAAGGAGCUUCUCCGAUGUGAGAAGUUAGACAGCAAGCUGGCCAACAUCGAUUACCUGCGAAAGAAAAUGUCACUGGAGGACAAAGAGGACAACCUGUGCCCUGUGCUGAAGCCCAAGAUGACAGCUAGUGCCCACGAAUGCCUGCCAGGGAACCAAGUCCGACCCAUGGGUGGGCCGCAGGAGCCCCCACCAGCCUCCGAGAGCCGAGCUUUUGUCAGCAGCACCCAUGCAGCUCAGAUGAGCACCGUCUCUUUUGUUCCCCUCAAGGCCUUAACCAGCCGGGUGGACAGUGGAGCGGAGAAACCUGGCCUGGUUGCUCCUGAGUCCCCUGUUAGGAAGAGCCCCUCCGAGUAUAAGCUGGAAGGGAGGACUGUCUCAUGCCUGAAGCCUAUUGAGGGCACUCUGGACAUUGCUCUCCUGUCCGGACCUCAGGCCUCCAAGACAGAACUGCCUUCCCCAGAGUCUGUACAGAGCCCCAGCCCAGGUGGUGACGUGGGGCCCUCUGUGCCACCAGCUCUCCCCAGCAGCAGUGGGAAAAAGAGUGACACUGCCAGUGCAAGAGAGCUUUCUCCUGCCAGUUUAAAGAUGAAUAAAUCCUACCUGCUUGAGCCUCGGUUCCUGCCCCCCAGCCGCGGUCUCCAGAAUUCACCAGCAGUUUCCCUGCCUGACCCAGAGUUAAAGAGGGACAGGAAAGGUCCCCAUCCUACUGCCAGGAGCCCUGCAACUGUCACGGAAAGCAAUCCCCAACAGAGAGAGGGAAGCUCCCCCAAGCACCAAGACCACACCACAGACCCCAAGCUUCUAACCGGCCUGGGGCAGAACCUGCACGCUGACCUGGCCAGGCGCCGUGGCCCGAUCCCACCAGAAGUUUCCCCCUCAAGGGAGAAGCCAGGCCUGAGGGAAUCGGCUGAAAGAGGCCCUUCCACAGCCGGAACCCAGCGGUCUGCCUCUAGGGCUGACAUAUGCAGAGAGCCCUGCAUGCAGCUGUGCUCUCCAGAAACUGCUAAAACCAGUGACAACUCCAAAAAUCUCCCCUCUGUGGGAAGGACCCACCCAGAUUUCUACACACAGACUCAGGCCAUGGAGAAAGCACGGGCGCCGGCUGGGAAAACGAACCACAAAGAUGGUCCAGAUGAGACAAGGCCCCUGUGCAGAGACGACUCCUCUCUACACUCGGCUGGAACUCCCUGUGAGAGGGAGCUGGGCAAGGUGAGGCGUGGUGUGGAACCCAAGCCUGAAGCCCCUCCUGCCAGGCGAUCUCUGCAGCCACCUGGAAUUGAGAGUGGGAAGAGUGAAAAACUCUCCAGUUUCCCAUCUGUGCAGAAAGAUGGUACCAAGGAACCUGAAAGGAAGGAGCAGCCUCUGCAAAGGCAUCCUAGCAGUAUCCCUCCACCCUCUCUGACCGCCAAAGACCUGCCCAGCUCUGCUGCCAGGCAGCUUUGCAGUUCCCCAAGCCACGCCUCUGGCAGAGGGCCAGGGGCCAAGCCCAGUGCCCCAGAGCCCAGCCCGAGCCCCCAGGACCCUCCCAAGCCCGUUGCUGCACACAAUGAAAACAGCAGCCACAAGCCCCGGCCUGGCCCUGACCCAGCUCCUCCAAAAUCUAAGCACCCUGACCGAUCCCUCUCCUCUCAGAAACCAAGUGUUUGGGCCACCAAGGGCCAGGAGCCUGCCACUCAGUCUGUCUGUGGCUCUAGCAGAGAGGGGAAGGGCCACAGUGGGAGUGGGCCGGAUGUGUUUCCCGCCACCCCAGGCUCCCAGAACAAAGCCAGCGGUGAGGUCGGGCAGGGAGAACGUGGGCCCUCUGUCCGUCUGCAUACUGACGGGGGUCCUCUAGACAGCAAGCCACAACCCGCCAGUGGUGGGCGGCCCCUGGAGGUGUCGGAGACGCCCGGGCAUUUGCCAAGGCCGGGACGCCCAGGGCCCAGUGAGCCAGCGGAGCAGAAACUGACCGCUGUCGGUGAAAAGCAAACCCUGUCUCCAAAGCACCCCAAACCAUCCACUGUGAAAGAUUGCCCCGCGCUGUGCAGACAGACGGACAAAAGCCCGAGUCAGCCGGCCGCCCCCACCGACAGGAGGGCGGAAGGGAAGAAAUGCACCGAAGCACUUUAUGCUCCAGCAGACGGCGACACGCUCGAGGCCAGCCUUGCCUUUGUGCACGGCGAGGCCCGGCUGAAAGGCGCAGAGCGGCCAGCCGCGGGGGUGGGGAAGGGUUUCCCGGAGGCCAGAGGGAAAGGGCCCGGUCCCCAGAAGCCCCCGGCGGAGGCAGACAAGCCCAGCAGCAUGAAACGGUCCCCCUCAGCCACCGGGCAGAGUUCUUUCCGAUCCACGGCCCCCGCGGAAAAGCCUCUGAGCUGCUCCUCCAGCUUCCCCGAAGCCAGGCCGGGAGCUCGGGAGGCCUCUGCAGCCUGCAGCGACACCUCUUCUGACACGGCCGCCGGGGGCGCGCCGGAGCCCCCAGCCCCCAGCAGCAGGAACCAUAGGAAGGCUCAGCCUGCAGGGGAGGCCCGAACCCACAUGACAAAGAGCGACUCCCUGCCCUGCUUCCGGGUCUCCACCCUGGCUCUGGAGUCACACCACCCCGACCCAAACACCACGGGCGGAGCCAGCCACCGGGACAGGGCUCUCUCGGUGACUGCCACCGCAGGGGAAACCAGAGGGAAGGACCCUGCCCCAGCCCAGCCUCCCACAACGAGGAAACAGAACGUGGGCAGAGACGUGACCAAGCCGUCCCCGGCCCCAAACACGGACCGCCUCAUCUCGUUUUCUAAUGAAAAGGACUUUGUGGUACGGCAGAGGCGGGGGAAAGAGAGUUUGCGUAGCAGCCCUCACAAAAAGGCCUUGUAACGGGGCGGGCCCCGGGGCAGGACUGUGGAGACCCGUCCUGAACAGGCGACUGUGUCUUGACUACCUUCGAAACCAGCACUGUGUGGGAAUGUCCGCCAGGCAGAGCUCAGAGCCUCAUUAAGAAAGGGGAGAGAAAGACAAAGAGGGGCCCUUCUUCCAGAUGCCUUCCCAGUUGUAACCGGUAAAACUGUUACCAGAUAGUGUUUGUACAAAAAACAAAAACAAAAAAAUUACCUUUACAGUCGAGGGUUGUUGAGGAGAAAGAUUCUCUCUGUAAAUAGAUAGCACCGUGUUUGGUUUGGGAUGUAGAGUCUAUACCUGGCUGCUGAUUGCGUCGUUUACUACAGCUUUUUUUUAAAUAAGAUUUUUGCUUUACCGUUUAUCAUAAUGUAGUAAUGAAGCAAAAUGGUCAAAAUUGGGUGUGUGUGAACAGAGAUACACCCAUAUUCGUGUAUAUACACAUCCACCUACAUGUUUUGGUCUGUGGUUUAAGAGAAUAUUUCAAGUUUCCAUUUUUAUAAGCUAAAACAUUUGAAGUAAAGAUGGAAGAAAGCCCUAAACACAGUAGAUUGUGAGUUUUUAUGUGUGUUUUAACCAGAGUUUCUGAUAGUACUGUAUCUGGCUACCAGAUUUCCAGAUCUAAAGCAAGAACUGCUCUACUGCAUUUGAAAUCCUCCUCCGUUAGGAAUGGCCAGGACAAGUGGAGCUAGCCAAUUUCCUUACACAGCCAUCCCAAUGGACACUUGAUCCCUGGUCCAACUAUCUAAAAGGCCAGUUGGUCUUACCUGUGGAUGUGUAUGUCUGGUCUUCACCUGAGGUAGAGUGGGGACUAUAAACACACAUCAACUUUCUUUUGAUUUUCUUUCUUUUCCUGCUUUUCACACUCUUAAACUCAGGCCUUUAUGCUGUGAGUGACUAGUCCAAGAAGCACACAUUUUGUAGUAGUCCUGCACCAGCCCUGCUCUUGAAUAAAAAGGAAAAUUACUGGCUGCACCCAAAUCUUCUAGUACUUAAGUCAAGAAAUGAGCACCAGGCAUUGGAAGAGGUUUUAAAUUUGCUUUUUUGAGGAAAAGAACUGGGAGUGGAUUUUGGCAUCGUAGCAUAUAUAUUAAUAAGGAAUAAUCAGGACAUCAGAUACAUUUUAAUACAUAGCUGGGGCCUUAUGUUGUAGACGAAGCUUGCUGUUUUUAGCAAGUUCCUGGGUUUCACAUUCAUUUCUGAUGCAUCUAGUAGCUCCGUACAUUUCAUAACCUGAUCUCUUUAUUUGUAAGCCAAAAAUACUGUCUUAAUAAAGAGCAGCAUUUUUGUAACAAAGAGACUCAUUGGAGCUAUUUGGUGCUUGAAUGUGACCAUCCUUUUUACUUUUGCUAAGCCUUAUUUAAAUUUUGUAUACCGUGGAAUAUGUAGAAUUUGUCAAAUCAUUUUAGUGCCGAAGGUUUUUGAUUUUUUCUUUCUGUUUUCGUUGUUGCAGUUUCUUUUUUUGGUGGUUUGUUUUGUGUUGUAAGAUGGCACUUGCUGAUAUAAGUACUAAGGCACUAAGAGAAAAUACAGAUAAGUAUUUAUAAGAUGCUUGGGAACCAUAGCAGAAUUUUUUGUUUUGUAAGAGAAAAAAAAUCACCAAUAAAUAACUAAUCUGGCACCCAGACUCUCUUGGGGAUGUCUUAGUAUCUUCAGGCUAUAAAAUUGUUCAUCUAAGCACAGCAUCAUCUUAUGGCCGUAUGGAUUGUAAAUCUUCUAGUAAAGCUGUAAACUCCACUCUGAAAACAAAGGCAUAACUUAACCGACUGCUCAGUUGUCCUUCAUUAUAUAAUGAGUUGGCAUUGGCAAAAUG